UUCGGGGGAUGCCUCAACAUCUUCCAGUGUACGCCUUGCCGCCGCGGCUCAUUCCAUCACGCCUUGCUACUCUGAAGCAAUGUUGACACAAGUUAUUGCCAUUGAUUAUGGCUCCAAGGACAGGCUGCACGAAAUUCUUGAAGGCAUACUUGGCGAAGAGAACUUCAAGCUUGUACAGCGCAUAUCGAAUCAAUGGCAAAUCAAGCUAGUGAGACGAUUGACCAACGAAGAAAUUGGCCAGGUCAAGAUGCGUAUGAUGAACCACUAUCUUCCGACUAUCUAGUGCGAAGUUGGCCGACGAGAGUUGCAAGGGCAUCGGGCUCCAGAUAGCAGCCUAAAUACAAUCGGAUCGAUAAUCAUGUACCGACUACUUACGAGGUAUCCACUGUACUUGAUGCCCAACUAGAGCGCGCACAAUUUAACUUCAUAUUUCAUAUUUCCUUGCUUAGGUAGUAAAAUGAAUUUAUUAUCCAUUCGCUUAA